AUGUUAAAACUUGGUUUGCUGCUGGGUUUCGUGAGCUUAGCGGUUAGUGGACCGUCGGCCUCAAGGUCGAGGGUGGACAUUGAAGCGUUUAGAAGUUUCCUGGAGAAAAGCCGCACAGGGAAUGGCUUCCGCCUCUCGGAGCGCAUGCUCGCCAACCCGCUGGCCAGCGCUUGGGAGAAUAGCGGCAAGUUCGAGGGGGACAUCGUGCUGGACGACUGGCAAAUCGAGGGGAUGGUGCAGGAGUACGCGGCUGGAAGGAACGCUUACACCUGGCCAAACUCCAAGUGGCCCAGAAACACAGUUGUUUACGAAUUCGCACCUGGUCAACUGAAUGACAGGCAGCAGGAAGCUGUUAUGGUGGCCAUAAGGGACAUCGAGAGAAACACAUGUGUCAGGUUCCGAGUGAGGCAUGCCGGAGAGUUCAACUAUGUCAGAAUUACGAGCGCCCCCGACGGCUGCUACGCGAAUGUCGGCUACUGGUUCAGCAGGGGUCCGCAUAUUUUAAAUCUGGCGGAAGGCUGUUACCAUCACACGGUCAUCGUGCACGAGUGGCUCCACAUCAUCGGCUUCUUCCACAUGCAGUCCACAUACAACCGCGAUGAUUACGUUCGGAUCAAUUGGGAGAACAUAGAGAGAGGCAUGGAGCACAACUUCGAGCGUUACGAAACGAACAUCGUCCAGAACCUCGGCCUACCCUACGAAUACACCAGCUGUAUGCACUACGGGCCUUACUUCUUCUCCAUUAACGGCCGUCCCACCAUAGUUGCACUACGCAGCUUCGAAGGCGUGAUGGGCCAGCAAGACUACAUUACCUUCUACGACUGGCUCAGGGUCAGAAGACACUACAACUGCCCAGGUGCCUGGUCGAAGAGUGAUGAUGAGACUCAAAUAUUAGCUGAGGAGAAAGUGAACGUGGUCGAUAAUACACCAGAAGAUACAUAUACGAAUAAC